AUGCCCCUGUCCCACAGCAGGGCCGGGCAGCUGCCGUGCAGCAGCAAGGUCUGCAGGAACCUCUUUGGCCCCGUGGAGCACCAGCAGCUGGAGGAGGACUUGGCCAGUCUGGUGAGGCAACACCUGGAAGAAGCUCAGCAGCGCUGGAACUUCGACUUCGAGACGGAGACCCCCUUGGAAGGACCCUUCAAGUGGGAGAGGGUCUUCCUGGCCGAGCAGGAGGUCAAGGCCCCCGACAGCGAGAGCAGAAGCUCCUUGGUCCACGAGGUCUCCCCCAAGGACCGACUGGGGUCGCAGAGCUCGCAGGGUCACAGGGCUGGUUCACCACAGAGCCUGAAACGGGGGCAGAGCACCAUCAAAGAUUUCUACAGCUCCAAGCGGAGGAACAUCCCCGACAAGCCCAAGCCGUGA